GAUGUACCAUUUGCAAGACACGUGAGCAAGAACAGUAUAUUACGGUGCUCUUUUUAUGACAGCAAGUUCACUGGUCCCAGAAAUAAUUUAAAAUACUCAGAAUUUAAGAGAGGAAGGAAGAGAACUCUAAAAACCAUGGGGAAAUCCAAACAGGUUGGAAACCACAAGAGUGACAAGAAGAAAAAUAUAGCAAAGACAUGGAAGACUAAACGUAGAACAAAGGAUCUCGACCAGAUUCAUGCUGACAUGAUACCUGCCAAUUCUGCCAAGCUGUUGAAACAGGAGAUAGACUAUGACGUUACGGGUUGUGCCCAGCAUUACUGUUUACACUGCGCACGAUAUUUUGUGGAUUUGAAAACCAUGAAGGAGCAUUUUAAGACCAAAGUUCACAAAAAACGGCUUAAACAGCUGAGAGAGGAGCCAUACACCCAGGAAGAGGCAGAGAGAGCAGCUGGUAUGGGGUCUUAUAUACCUCCUAAAAAGGUGGAGGUUCAAACACAGCAAGUGGAGGAAGAAAUGGACUGAACAUGUAUGGACUGAUCUCCAUUUGUUGAAAAAGUGUCACACCUCUGUAAUUCUUAUUAUGCAUUCUUCUGUGUACAAUAAUGUGUAAAUAUUGCAGCAAUGUUGAAUUGUGAAAAAUCACAAAUUGUAAUAAAUUUCUAAUUUUCCUUCCCUUGA